ACCUCCUAGUCCAGGAAGGGCACUCAGCACCGGAGGUUUGGAACAGGUUUGAGCUGCUGGAGACUAAGACAGGCUUGUAAGCUAACCUAUGGCCAUGUUUCUCUUGGGCAUUUACAUAUUCCCCAAACUACAAUUCCCAGAAUCCUUCGUGGGAGAGAGAAGAUGGGCGCUGCAGUCUAAAUGUAGAGAAAAUUGUCCCCUGAAUCCUGAAAGUCAAGUCCUUUCACAAUAGGAACCUCAGCCGCUCAACAAUUUCUGCUUUUUUCUUUCUCUUUUUCCCCAGUUCGCGAAGAUGUUUAACUACCUGAAGUGGCAGAAGACUUGCAACACCCUCUUUUUCAUAUUCACAGCAUUAUUCCUGUUCACUUGCCUGGUGAUUUUUCCAUUCAAGAUUCUCUACAACACGUGUUACUAUUCCAUGGAGCUCACCCAGACUUUUUUCGGCUACUACUUCUUCAACGCGCUUCUGAUAGUCCUGUACCUCCUUGAUCUCUUCUGGCUGUCCUUGAUCAUUGGCAUGGUUUAUAAGUUCCUGAUCCAUGGCAAGUUCCUCUCCGCUGUCGCGCUGGAUGCCCGAUUCUUUGGUUAUGCAGAUCCUCGCUCUGCCCGGCCUCACGUGCCUCUCCUCCUUGUCACCUUUCAUUUCUCCCAGUUUGAAUUGUAGAUUGUAAGCUCUGCGGGGCAGAGAUUUGCUCUGCUCUGCUCUGCAAAAUGCCCGCUGCCCAGAUGCUGAUCAUGCAGUCAGUUAAGAGGGGGGAUGGGAGAGGGAAAUUAAGUGGGGGGUUCCUGUGCUGUCGAUCAUCCGUCCUGAUGCUUGUGCAAGGCUGGUGAUGCUUGUGCAAGGCUGGUCUUCAGUGUACCUGGGGCUGUCCAAGGAUGGCACCUUUCAGCGCGGAUGGCCCUCCCGGCCAGGACAGGCAUCUGUUUGGCUGCCCCAUGAGCUUGGGAAGAGCCAGGUCAGCUCCCCCACCCCUCCCACCCCCGUUUGGGCCCUGAGGAAGCAACAGGAGGCUGGAUACCCCUAUCACUGUCCCUGCGAGAUGUCUGAGGAGGCCACACGUGGCAGCACCCACCCACAUGCGAGUGGUGUUGGAAAGGAGGCAACAUUCUGCCAAACGUUUUCCACAACCUGCUUGACCUGCAUUGCUGAAUCAAAUAA